AUGCCCGACACACUAGAGCUGGUUCCCAAACCGCCACUGGUCAAGGGUCCUCUUCAGCCACCAUCGGCCCGAGUCAAACCUCCUUCCUACACAGAGAAUGUUCGAUCCAAGAAUGAAGUGACCAUCAUGAAGCAGGACUGGCAGUCGGACCCAUCAACUGUCCCCCAGCCAUUCGUCGACCCUCCCAGUAACUUCGGCAGGUAA